AUGCUUUACCAAAAAAUUUUCGCAUUGGCAUUGUCGGUUCUAUUCACAGCGACUAGUAGCUUUGUUCCAGCAGAUGAUUAUUCCAAGUCCCGGUUGACGUGGAAUCUUCAUGCAUCUGACCCAACUUCAGCUGAUGCUGCUGCUGCCACUGUACAAGAUGAACAACGACGAAACCUAAUGAUUUCUUCUGCACUUGCCAUGGUUGGGGCCUCUUCGGCACUUGUUCUAAACAAGGACUUUGUUUUGGAAGGCGCAGUGACGAAACAAGCUGCUGUUGGAUCUGCUGCGGUGAGCAGGCAACUGAUGGUCGAUCAAGCGUUGGAAAUUAUAGAGAAUCAAUGCGAUCGUCGAUUUCUGCACGCAGUGGUUGCCAGUGAUUAUCGUCUUUUGUAUCAGCAAAUGGCAGCACCAUUGGACAAUCAGCUUCAAGUCUCAGUGCUCCGAACCGACCAGGAUGUCUCCGUGUUGAAAUCUUCCAUUCUAUCAUCCGGGGAUCUGGAUGUCAUUGACGCCAAACUCAAGGAUCGCCCCAUGAAGGUGGAUGCUUCCUGCCAACUUGCCUUUGCAAAUCCAAAAGACGUUGCUACUGAUGAGGAUCACAUUGUUUCCAUAUGGCCCCUAGGUGAACAAGUGCACUUUACUUGGAUGGAAGACAAGACUUCUCUUGCAUCCAUUGGUGUGGACGACAAGAUUAUUGUGGACGGGAUUGAUUGUGGAAGAAUGUCUCUGGAGGAUGCCUUGGAAGAAGGCAAACAAGUCUUGCUUCGAAGUGAGACGUACCUGGCAGUUCCAAGAUCGCUCGAGAAAGAAUUGAUUGCAAAAUUACAGAAUGCCUUUUUGAUUUAG